GCGGCCCUGACCACCGUCAGCUUAGGUCAGGUUUUUAAAAAUGCGUUCAUACUUAGUAUGUAUAUUGUAUACGUCUUACAAUUGUAUCAUAAAUGAUUUUACAAAAAAAAAUUGAGGGAGAUAAUAGGAGCUACUAAUAUGACUAUGACUAAUAUGACGUUCCAAUAGUAACAAAAUUAAACGUACGCAAUAUACCUAUGCAAGUUAACUUGUGUGUUAUACGUCAAAUGUCCAAAUGCGAUUGAUUGAGCCUCUUUUCCCUCAUCUGUAUUCCUCUCUUUACGAAUAAUCGAGCCUCUUGAUUUAUUACAAGCAUUUGCUAUCGAAUACUGAAUAAGCCAUUUGUCAUCUUUUUAAAAUCUCUCGGGGAUUGGGUAUUCUCGUCUUUUUCGUAGUAAGAAUGGAUCAAUGAAAGCUGAUUGCCCGUAUAAUUUCAAAUUUCAUAGUAUUUUGGCGGUUAAACGCAGAUUAAACAACGUAUAUUGCCCGUAUUUGGUGAUUUGUGCCCUUCCCAUUUCACAAUAAAUUUCUGGUCUAGGCAUUUGAAAUCGGGCCGCAAAAGCCUAGAAGACGAUCUUUGUAGUGGUCGACCAAUUUCUGCCAUCACUGAAGAAAAUGUGACCAAAGUGAAAAAUAUAAUUCUUGAAGACCCACGAGUGAAACAGUGGGAGAUAGCUAAAGAUGUGGGCACUAGUUAGGAAUGGGUAAAUGAAAUAUUUCAUGGCUAUUUAAACAUGUCUAAGGUUAGUGCCCGUUGGGUCCCCAAAAUGCUGACCGCGUUAGACAAGGACAGACGUGCCAAAUGGUUGUCAAGAGAUUUUAGACAAGAGUCGCGGCAAAGAGGAAGAAUUUAUUUCCAGGAUUGUGACAUGUGAUGAGACUUGGAUUAGACAAUGGGACCCAGAAAGUAAACAGGAAUCACUACAAUGGAAAUUCAAAGACCAAAUGCCUCCUUGAAAGUUCAAGGUUCGUCCAUCAGCUAGUAUACUUAUGGCGACAAUUUUUUGGGAUGCUGAAGGGAUUUUACUAAUAGAUUAUUUACCUAAUAAAACGACAAUGAAUGCUGAUUGUUACGCGAAUUUACUUUGCCAGCCUGAGAGCUGCCAUAAAAGAAAAAAGGAGGGCACGACAACGCACCUGUGCAUACGGCUCGCACUACACAGUUAGCCAUGGCUUCGACGCCAUCGACCACCCCCCUUACAGCCUAGAUUUAGCCCCCUGUGACUAUUUCCUGUUUAGACUUUUAAAGAAAGAUCUCAGAGGACGAAAAUUUUCCACUGAUAAUGAGAUGAUAGCCACGGUGAACGGAUAUUUUGAUGACAAACCGAAAGAAAGAUUUUUCUUUAAAGGUUUAAUGUCGUUAUUUGACAAAUGUAAUUUCGGUAGGAGGAGAUUAUAUAGAAAAAUAUAAAUAAACUACCCAGCUACGUCUUUUGUUUCAUAGUCAGGUAGAUUACUUUUCAGCCACCCCUCGUACAUUAUGCCAAGUUAGGUAAGGAGAGCAUAAUUAAAAUAUCAUUUAGAACUAGAGCAAACUACCCUGUAAUAUUUAAUACUGAUUCUUCUUAUAUUUACAAAUAAAAUUAUAGAGCGAUUGGUUCAUCAUUUGCCAAUUCAAAAUGACAGAUAGGUUGGGUCAUUUGUCACCUUCUCAGGCCUUGUAAAACAAUUCCUAUGCAUACGGAGUAUACAAGAUGGAGCCUGUAAUACCAGCAAAUACGAACAAUAACUUUUAAAUAAUUUGAAGUCUUUUGAUUUGGUAUUUUACACAUAAAUCAAAUAUUAUCUUUAUUGUACGCCAUCAUCGUUGUAAUUGUCGUUGCUUGUCACGGUUUAAACAUUAUAAAAAUUCGCAAAACAUUUAGACAAAACUUUAAAGUGCCCUAAAAAUCAAAACAAGUCACUGUAUGUUACAUAUGGUGUUCAGUUUGAGGAGCACAGCCAACAGUUUAAUUUUUUGCUCCUGUUUUAGGCCCCACCCGGUAUUUUGACUUUGUUCUGUUUUAGUUUUAAAUAAUCCUUUUGUGGUAAGUUUAGUCUGCCUAAAAUAAUGUAUGAUGAUUUUUUCUGUUAAUUAUAGUGUUUUUUAUUUUAUUUUUGUAUAUUUGACAAGGUUUUCAUGGUCAGCAGCUUGGAAUUGAUAGGUAUUUAUUAUAUAUAUAAAAAAAAAUCCAGCCGUACCUAUCUUAUUUGAUGCAAACUUAUAGUAUAUAUAGCUUUUAUUGGAAUAUAACGCUUUCCGCAACUCACAAAAUACUGUAUAUUUUACAUUUGUAUACAAAAUUGUAUAUAAAUGUAAAAAGACUUUUGGUCCACCCUGUAUGUCAUCUAUCAAUUUCAUACUUUUUAAUAUGUUUAUUUUAUCGUCGUGAGGUAUAAGAAUGAACUCGAAUCGUAUUUGUCGCAGAAAAAAGUUAAUCACAAACGUACUUCUACACGCAUUUUUAAAUGUAAUAAAUAAUUUGAGUUUCUUUUGUUACAGGUUAUAAACGAUGGCUGUGCCUAGUCAAAAUAUUGUGCCAACAUUUUUAAAAGCAGUUUAUUUAUCUAAGGAUAUUUGUUUAAAUAUCUUAAUGCACCGCAAUUGUAUUACUAUUGACAAAAUUGAAUAAAUGAUGGGACCCCAUAGCUGAUAUUAUCUCAAAAUGGCUAAUAUAAGACUGCCGCUACAUAUAUGUAAUUCAAUCAAACAGUAUACCCUUAACGUCAACACGAAGUUAAUAAAUGAGCAAAACUUAGAUAUCAAAGCUGGAAAGCGUUCCAAAUAUUUAAAAGCAAAUAUUAAUUUGAAAUCAAAGCUAACAGAUAAAGCAAAGUUGGUCAUAUUCCUUAUUUUACUCCUCCCGAGAAGUUCGUGUGGCAAUAGUUACAGCGGUGGAAGAAGUUCUAUGCUUAGGACAAGAGUAAUUGGAACGAGAUACGGUAAAAUGCAAGGUGUUAUACUGCCAAUGGAUCAACAUAAAUUCUUGAAACCGGUGGAAGCGUAUUUAGGAGUGCCAUAUGCGACUCCACCUACCGGGUCUAACAGGUUCGCACCCACGCGCGCUCCUGCGCCCUGGGAUGACGUGAAACAAGUCGACCAAAUGGGCCCAGUGUGCCCCCAACGCUUGCCUGACAUUUCAAACGAGACUCUUGCUUUGGAGAGAAUGCCCAAAGGUAGACUGGAGUACUUAAGGAGACUGCUACCAAGACUGAAGAAUCAAAGCGAGGAUUGCCUCUACAUGAACAUUUACACCCCCGUACAAGUGGGCCCGACAUUGCAGGCCAAAUAUCCAGUUGUUAUUUUUAUCCACGGAGAAUCUUUUGAAUGGAAUUCUGGAAACGUUUACGACGGGGCCGUGCUAGCUAGCUAUGCGGGGCUUGUUGUUAUCACUAUCAACUACAGACUAGGUAUUCUAGGAUUCUUGAAUGCCAACCCCAUACCCCAUCUUAAGGCUAGGGUUGCCAACUACGGACUGAUGGACCAAAUUGCGGCGUUACAUUGGGUUCAGCAAAACAUAGCUUUGUUCGGUGGAGACUCUGGUAAUGUGACCAUGCUGGGGCACGGUUCUGGUGCUGCGUGUAUUAACUUUCUGAUGAUAUCACCGACUGUAAUGCCGGGACUUUUUCAUCGAGCUAUACUUUUAUCUGGUUCCGCGUUAAGUUCAUGGGCUCUCGUAGAAGAUCCUGUUAGUUUUUCCGUCCAACUGGCCAAGCAAUCAAAUUGCACCUUACCGGAAGACAUUGUUAAGGAUCACGAAUUAAUUGUUGAUUGUCUACGUGAAGUCCCACUGGAGGAACUCAUGUUGGCGGAAAUUAAUACACCGAGCUAUUUAACAGCGUUUGGACCAUCCGUUGACGGAGUUGUAGUCAAAACAGACUACGCUAAAGAAUUACUAACCUAUUUCAUUCCAAAUGAUCUGCAAGGUUUCACAAGUGUUUCCGGAGUUAAUAACAUUAAAGCUGAUAAAAGAGGUAGCGAUAGAAUAUUCGGGAUAAGGGGUGGGCAGAACAAAUAUGAUCUGCUUUUUGGAGUGGUUACGAGUGAAGCGCUGUGGAAGUUCUCAGCUCAAGAUAUACAAAAUGGAUUUGAGGGUGAACGGAGGGACAGGAUAAUAAGGACUUACGUAAGGAACGCGUACACAUAUCAUUUGAGUGAAAUAUUUUUUACGAUAGUCAAUGAAUACACUGAUUGGGAACGAACAGUUCAGCAUCCAAUCAACACUCGAGAUGCAGCCGUAUUAGCACUCUCGGAUGCGCAAUAUGUAGCACCAUUGGUUCAAACUGGAGACUUCUUAAGCGUUGCUAAGAGCUCGCCCGAUUCUGGGCCAAAUGCCUUCUUCUAUGUUUUUGACUAUCAAACGAAGGAUGGAGAUUAUCCACAGAGAAUGGGAUCUGUCCAUGGAGAAGAGUUGCCGUAUUUGUUCGGAGCGCCGCUGGUCGACGGGUUAGGUCAUUUUCCAAAGAAUUAUACCAAAUCAGAGGUUGCGUUAUCCGAAGCUUUCAUAUUUUACAUUGCAAACUUUGCGAGAACAGGGAAUCCUAAUGAGGCACUACGACAAGAAUCCUUAUUACCAAUAUCAAGAGAACGCAACAGAUACAAGAGCAUUGUUUGGGAUGAAUAUGACACUUUGCAUCAGAAAUAUCUAGAAAUCGGCAUGAAGCCGCGCAUGAAAAACCAUUACCGGGCCCAUCAGCUGUCCGUGUGGCUGCGGUUGAUCCCGGAGAUACACAGGGCCGGCAUGAAGGACGUGGUUGCAAAACACAACCUUUUCCGAAACCACAACGACCCAGAACUAUACGACGGACUAGUCCGGCCUGAUCCGCUCACCCGAGCUAACUACUUUGACCCCACACUUGAGCUUUACCGCAGGCCUAUUUAUAAUGUUACCUUAGAUGUACCGUCCACUACAAUGGAUACGUUCGUGACUACUUGUGUGAGCGUUAUGUCAGCGCGGCCAAGCUCCGCUGUUACGCAGAGUCAGACACCGAACAACACACAUACACAAGACAUUUCAAACUUGGAAGUGGCUGGUUACACAGCUUACUCCACGGCUUUAAGUGUUACUAUUGCUAUUGGGUGUUCGUUACUCAUCCUAAAUGUUCUCAUUUUUGCUGGCGUAUAUUACCAGAGAGAUAAAACUCGCCUCCAAGUAAAAGCUUUGCAACAACAACAAAAACGUUCACACAACUCUACUUUUGAUAGCGUCUCGUCAAAACACCCUCACUAUUUUAUCGGCCAUUCUCAAAGCUCAAGUACAAUCGUUGACAUCGAUCAUCAAGACAAGAAUGCUAUUAUCGCAAUGACAAAUCGUGUACCGCAUUUUUCAAAUGCAAACUGUCCCAAUGUUUGUCACACGGGCAUACAAUUGUCAAAUCUAUCUCAAAAAGCUAGCCCACCAACUAAUCGAGGCCAAUGUACUACUCUGCCAAGAAAAGUAGGAUUUAGCUAUCAACAACAAAAUCAAAUUUGUAACGCGUCAAAUUGCAUGACAUUACCGAAAAAUGCAACAUUUAUGAGCAGCUCGAGCAACCUGCCGGACGUACAGGCGCAGACAGGCCAAGCGGUGGCAGCCGGCAACGGCGCGGCCCUGCCUGCGCCGCCCUCGCCCUCCACACAACACUUUCAGAAAUCGCGGGUUCCUCAAGCGGCCAUGUCCGAAAUGAAUGUAUGAGAAAUGGAAGAUAUUUACAAUUAUGUGUAAAGUGAUGACAUUUUGUAGAAUGGGAGAUGCACUGUAGGAAGAAAGUGUAAAUCACUUGACAAUGCAUGGUUGUAAAUAUCUUAACAGAAAAGAAAUAUGUACAUAGAAUCGAUGUAAGUUCACUUAACUACUAAAAAACCAGGAACUUUUUACGUUAAUUUUAGUAAUAUAUCCGAAAAAACCUUAUGUCUAAGUGAUAUGUCUGUAUAAAAUCUAACUUUUAUUUUAUUCUUGUAAAUAAUUAUAAAAUAUUAAAUCACUAUAAAUAUCUUUCCAUUUUAAAUGGAUUUAACCACUACGAAAAAAAUGGGCGAAUUGCAAAAAAAAAUACAAACAUCUAUUAAUAAUUAAAUAAAGUACUGUAAUUAGUCUUAAGUUAACUUAUUCCAUUGUUUUCCAAAAAUUCGCCAUGUAAAUUGUAUUGUAAUCAUUGUACUUCAUUCAUACACAUACUUACAGUUUAUAGCAUACACCAACAUACUUUCAUGCAUGUAACUCAAAUAGAAACUGCUUAAACUUAAUGGAGGCAAUUAAUUUAACCCUUAAGCAGGCCUGACACUUUUAAUUUUUGAUUAUUGAUAACGGGUAGAUAACAGAGUUAAUAGAAAACUAAUUUCAAGAAUUAUAUUCAUUAUUCAUAUUUCUUUAACACAAAACUAAUAUGUGGCCAAUUAGCCACUGCACGUUACCAGCGGCACUAAGUAUGUAAUAUGUACGAGUAUGUGGCCACUACCCUGCUAGCCAUACAUUGAAGUUGUAUAAGGUUUAGUCAGGUCUUCACUACACGUAAUCGUUGACGUAUUUUUUUUAAUACUACGUCGGUGGCAAUCAUUCAUACGGUCCGCCUGAUGGUAAGCAGUCUCCAUAGCCUAUGUACGCCUGCAACUCCAGAGGAGUUACAUGCGCGUUGCCGACCCUAACACUCCGCACCCUCAUGGAGCACUGGCCACCUUACUCACCGGCAGGAACACAACACUAUGAGUAGGGUCUAGUGUUAUUUGGCUGCGGUUUUCUGUAAGGUGGAGGUACUUCCCCAGUUGGGCUCUGCUCUAGAUCUGGAAUGACAUCCGCUGUGCUGUGCCCUACCACACAAAGCGAGAUGACAUUCACAAUGCCCAUACCUCACUUUUGGACGUAGUUUAAGUACCCGGGUCCAAUUAAUAAAACCACAGUCAUAUUUAGUUAUAAAACAGAGCCGUUUAUUCAUUUUUAUACUGGAAUACAGGGAAAUGAGGUUCGAAAAUAAAAGUUACUUACAUUAUUUAUGCUAUUUUUGUCAAUGACAACACGGUCCAUUAAUAAUAAUAGUCU